UACAAAGCCCACAAUCCUCAGAGCUCAGCCGUGCAUUGCGUUUCCGGAAGUUCCUGCGAUAGUUCCCGUCUUCCCUUUCGGUCUUCGGAGAGGUAGAGCAAGGUCGUGAAGGAAGAGGAGUGUGGUGGUGCGGUCAUUUAUUCCGCCUUCCACCCCUACGCUCCUCGCUGAGCUUCCCGCCGCGCCAUGUUGGGCCAGAGUGUCCGGAGGUUCACCACCUCCGUGGUCCGUCGCAGCCACUACGAGGAGGGUCCGGGGAAGAAUUUGCCGUUUUCGGUGGAAAACAAGUGGCGCUUACUGGCAAUGAUGACUGUGUACUUUGGGUCCGGAUUUGCUGCUCCUUUCUUCAUAGUGAGGCACCAGCUUCUUAAGAAAUGAGAAUAUUUAAUUCAUCCAUUUAACAGCCCUGUCUGUCCUGGAACUCAAGUCUGUAGACCACUCUGAUUUCGAACUCAGAACUACACCUGCAUGUACGUCCUCCAGGUAUGUGCCACCACCGCCAGGCUACUUUUUCCAGUCUUAACACCUAGGUAUAUAAUACGUUCUAUGAAACCCCCAAGAAAGAAAAUACUCUGGUGUUUGUUUUCUCUCGAUCUAAGAUAUCUGCUAUGGUAUUAGUAAAUUAACCUGCUGAAGUUGAGAAAUGCUGUAUUAAGGAAAAAUGUUACUACAUCUCCAUAGAUAUUGCAUCUAUGCAUAAGGGUUUAUUUAUGCAAUGUUUUGGUACAUGUGAUGAAGCAAAUCAGUAUGAAAAAUUCAUGAUACUGUAAACGCUUUCUGAUGUAUCAAAUUGGUAGAAGAUAAGAAACUAGAUAAGUCUAGUCAGAUGGAUUUCUAAUACCAUUAAUUUUGUUUUUAUUUUUCAGAAUGAAGAUUGUUUAGGAGAUUGAUCUGAAAAUUGGAUUAAACUCUUGAACUCUUAUUACUAAAUAAAAUUGUAAAUAAAUAUGUGACAUAAAUA